UCUCUACGGAGUCCCGUAUUAAUCACCAUUCUGCGCCUCGAGGAUUCAGGGUGACGACCGUGUCAGCGUCACGACACGCUUAGUGUCCUCAGCGCAGCUACUUCCACGACCUAGAGUCGCUAUCGCGCAGUCAAGAGGCACUAUGAUCGUCGCGCCAUCAGCUCCUGGCAAUCAGAUUACUUUGUCGCAUCGGUUGCCCAGGCAGAACACCGCGUCAAAGUGACCUCAGAUCAUGUCUUAUCCGGGAUUGCCUAAUUAUCCUUCAUAUCAGUAUGCUUCUGGCGUCAACGAGCAAGACACUACACCCCAGUAUCUCCCCGGGGCACCCCCUUCGAGUUUACAAUCUUCCGCACGAGGCUACAACACAUCCGUAUAUGAUUGGCAGGGACAGACGUCGCAGGAAGCGUCUGUGAAGGAUACCCGUCAGAUGGGGAAUAGAUGGGCGUAUGCUGGCGAUCAAAACGCAUAUCCAUCCACCAGCUCACAGCAGCGGCUUUCUGGAAACAACGCUCAGGCGAUUAACCCCGUUUCGUACAAUAAUCCAACUGCGGCUCUACGACAGUCCCAACGCGCUCUCGAUACGCCUGCGUUGCACAGCUUGGCGUAUGCCUCUGGACUUGAGUCUGAACUUCUGAACAGGCAGACGCAAGGCUCCAGCCCUGCUAAGACAGUGGACACCGCGCGCCCAAGGGUGUCUCGACCUGGUCAGACUUUGAACUCGUUGAAUUCGUCCGCGGCAGCACGACCUUAUGCUCCUGUGACACAUUUUCCCCCAUCUGGGCACUCUCAGUCAUCCCCGCAAUUCUCGGCCGCUUUACCAUCCAGGUCACCUUCGCACUCUUAUUCGCCUGCCAGCCAAAUCGCUCCAAAUCCUACUACUUAUUCGCAGAGUGUUUAUGACUCAGGAUCAAAGAGUUCGACGCCAAAUCCACCACGAGCCAAUCCAAGUCCCGUACCUGGGACAACUGCAUCUUACUCCUCUCGGCCAGCAUGGACUCAAGCAAAGCAUACCAACUCCAGGGAAGGAUUAAGCUCUUCCCAGCGUCAGGAUACUUAUCUACCGCGGACCCCUUCUCUUGCGUCUACGUCUUACGGCAUGAGAAAGGAUCUCCCGCCUACCACCACUGCCGAAGACUAUACUUCCAAUAACGCGACUUAUGAUGCGACUGGCAGGCAGUCCGAACAAGGGAAUAGCCUAGUAUCUACUCUGCCGCAGGCGUCUGCGAGUACUGUACAACAUCAUACACAGGAUACAAUGAAAUAUCCGUCUAUCCCCGUGGAGAGUUUAUACACCACCACCGAUUCAAGCCAUUCGUUGUCGGAGGAGGCAUGGGGCAACGAUCGAUUUCCCGGCCAACAAUCUCCGUCAGGCGCAAUGCCCAGCUAUAUCGACCCGACUCAAGUGUUUAAUCCAUAUCGUCAAGAGUAUGAGCAGAUGCAAGCAUUGCGGGCGGAAGAAGAGGCGAAGAGGAAGCAAGAUGAGGCCAAGAACACGGCCAAGCAACCAGAUACCGCAACACAUUCGUCAGCCACAUCGGCUGUCGACGCAAAAGGCACUAUCUCAGAAGCGUCCGUCAGUGGCCAUCAGACUGUUGCAUCGGAUAAUCAGCCAAGUAAAAAGAAGCCGCGGAAGAGGGCGCCUCGCAAGUCCGCCCCUGCCGGAUCCGUUUCGACUGUGAAAUCUUCGGCGGGACCAAGAGAAGAGAAUAUCGAUCCACAGCUGCGGUCUCAGACUCCGCAAAAUAAGACUGGCGAUGCCGAUGGUGACAUGGCAAACGAGAUGAAGAUGAUGAUUGAAAAGAUGCGACAAUGGAGAUCAAAAGAUCCCACGUUGUUUGCCAAGCUAUGGGAUGAUGUGAGGAAGGGACAAGGAUCAACACCAGACAGUUCUACGGCUCCUGAAGCUCCGCAGCAGACAGCUGAGCCGGCAGCUACACUAUCUACAGCGCCGGAACUUUCAGAAUCAAACGCGUCUCAAUCAGAUAAGAAGCGGCUACCAUCUCAUUACAUUGAUGGUCUGCCCGAUUUAGGAAGAUUCCCUGCUCAACGGCGACAGAGACAGUCGAACAAAGUAAACGCAAAUGAGACAGCCACGCCCAAACGAAAGCUCGAGGCAAGCAGCCAACAGACAGGACCUAGCGGCCCGCCGUCUGAAGGGCAGAUAGCCACAAACUCACUUGGAGCUCAGCUCGUUCAGUCGCAGCAGUCGUCGCAGUCACGGCCUGUUGAGACUCUGGGAUCGACUACUGCAGGCUCAUCUGCCGCUGAGGUCUCGUCGGCCUCUCAAUCAGCGAUCUCGUCAGCGCCUCAACCGCCUUCGCAAGAAAUUGUAUCAGGAUCGGCUCAGCAACACGCUCCACAGCCUCAGCAGACCACGACUGGUACCAUAUGGCCUGAACACACGCGACAGGCGGUAGCCCAGGCACUCGUCCAGUACUUGAAUACCAUACCUGCCAACAAGGGCAAAUGUGCUUCUGCGAAAGAGAUGUCUGCGUUGGUAGAUAAAAAUUCAAGUUAUAUCGAGCUGUGUGAGCGGAUAGAGUCUCGCGGCUUCUCUCUGAACAGAGGGAGCCUAGCAAGAUUUCUUCUGAACUCUGUGCCAGGCAUCAACGGUUCUGCGUCAGCUACACAGCCCGCAACUGAUCCGAAUUCACGAGGAACGCUGCUCCCUCCACCACCAACACGAUCAGCACCACCGGCUCCAGCACCACCAGCUCCAGCAGCGCCAGCUCCAGUAGCACCGCCAGCUCCAGCAGCACCACCAACUCCAACAGCACCACCAGCUCCAGCAGCACCGCCAGCUGCAGUAGCACCGCCAGCUCCAGCAGCACCACCAACUCAAACAGCACCACCAGCGCCAGCUCCUCCUCCUCCCCGUCCCUCUGCUGCCCCGGUCAGCCAAGCUCCACGCCCAUAUGUACCACCACCAGCUCCACAGGCGCAUACGUUCGUCUGGAACUCAAAGGUACCAACUGUACAUGGGCAUCCGCCACCGGUAACAGGUCUACAUCAUCGACCUCCGGCAUUGGCGACACCCCCUGUUAAUACUAAGAAGUCUAAAUCGGUGCCACGUCCCUCAGGUCCUUUGCCUGGACCGAAGGAACAAAAAGCUAGGAAACAUCUCUUCUCGGAAAUCGUGGAUCUCACGUCUCUGAGUGAUGAAGAUGAGGCUGUGCGCCGCGCAGAAAAGGAACCUCGCCUUGAAUCCACUGAUCCCUCACUUGGAAGUCAGCCAGACAUCACGGUUGCUAAGGCCCAGAACCACCAGCCGUCUGGGAAGUCUGAGGCCUCCCAGCAACUCCAUGAAGCACAAGCUCCUGCACAGCAAGGCAUUGCUGGGCCGAUGGCGGCUCAGAGCGACCUCUCACGAUUUGCAAUGGCUGGAGAUGACGCCACCGAGAGGGAGAGUCUCCGUCGGCGAGCGGACAUUGUCAAACCAAUCAAUAAGAUGGAAGCUUUACGGCGCAAAUACUACAACCCAAAGACUAUCGCAAGGGAUGUGUUGAUCGCAGCUGGCCGUCAUCCGACCGAGCGGCCUCUCAACAGCCACCUGCAGGGCCUCCAGGAGAUAUUUUCCGCCGUCGAUUUCACCUCAGAUAUGGGAACUUUCCGCUGGGAUCUCGUGGAUCCUGGUGGACCUCCCGCGCCGGUGGUCGAGCCCGAAGAUAUCCUCCUCUUGCCGCCAAACUUCCCGCUGGGCGUUCGUUCCAAAGGCGCGGCAUCCUCGUCACGUGAGGAGCGCGACGCAGGCUCCGAGGCGCGGCCCGCGUCGCCAGCCAACCUCACCCAAUCCACGCACAAGCCGUCGAGCCUAUCUUUCUCGCAAUCAAUUAACGACUCGUCCCCUGCCCUACCAAAACCAGACAAGGGAAACGCGAUGGUUACUCCAGUGCCCCGACGUCGCGGUCGUCCGCCCGGGUCGAAGAACAAAAAUCCCACCAAGGCUGCAAUGAGAGGCGCGAAGGUCGAGGUCGCCGUUCCUGUCCAAUCGUCACCUCCCCGUUACAGCAUCUACCGAUGUGAAUGGGAGAAUUGUGAUGCGGAGUUGCACGAUUUAAAGACUUUUGAGCGCCACCUUCGGAAAGUCCAUGCCCCCAGCACCCUCACCUGUGCAUGGUUGAACUGUCCUGCGGGAAAAACCGCGUUCAAAACCAACGAGGACCUGUGUCAGCAUCUCAAGCAGACACAUGUAGCUUCCCUGGCAUGGCAGCUGGGUGACGGUCCCUUGGUGGGCCGAACUGUUCCUGUACAGGAUUUUUUGCACGGGCCUCAGGGCUCGUCAAUUACCCCAGAAGCUCCGACUGUACAGAAGAAAAGGGAAACGGGCGCAAUCGUCUUUCCAACGGGGUUCACGCCAAUUCGUGCUUUCAACCAGGUUCGUGGGAAUGCCUCUGUACAGGAGAAGGCGCGCGAAGCAUUCAGAGCUGUGGAACAACGCAUGGUUCGCAUCGGGUUUGCACUGGAGCCCUCUGGCUGCGAGCUAGCUAGCCCGCACCGACUCUUCGCCGUCAGCAACGAUGAAGAACAUGUUCAGUUGAAGCCACCCGGCAGACGGGUGACCUAUCAGUCUUCGGUUUUUUAAUCUCAUACCCAGGCAGACCUUACAGUUUUGGCGUUUAUAUUUCACG